AGGAAGAGAAAAAGAAAAUGAGUGCAGAAAGGGGUAUUGGGGUGGAACUCUCUUCCUCUGUGACUGCGUCACAAGAGUAGACACUCAGUCUAAAGGGGAACUCAUCGCCACGAGACGUGUCAAAAUGCAGCUAAAAUGGACCGAGAUAUUCAUCCUUCUGUGCAUUCUUCAUGCAUGUACCUCACAAACAAUUGUUCCUGAAGGAGGCAACAUCUCAAUUGAGUGUCAAGUGACAAAGGACAUAAGUUUGACUGUCAUGUGGUUUCGAGUAACAGAAAAGACUGGAGUACAAUUCCUAGCAUCUAUCAGAAAAAAUGUACAGGCUUCAAAACCUGCUUUGCCUGGAAAUAUAGAGAUAAAAAACACCUACACUUUAAAACUGAAGUCCUUCAAGAAGAAUCACGACAGUGGCAACUACAGCUGUGCCAACUAUAAUAGCCACGCAUUACAGUUUGGCCAGGCCUCAUUUGUGCAGGGAACACCAGACAUCAAACCAACCCCCCCGAAGAAAGUCGAGACAACAUGUUCACCUGUUGAGUCAACACCCGCUAUGAAGACUAUUGCGAAGGCAUGCGUGUGCCCAAAACAUAAUGGGGUAAAGGCGGACCCUGAGACUAGAUGUGAGAUGCUGAUCUGGGCUCCCCUGGUGGGGGGCUGCGGCCUGCUCCUGGUGCUCCUCAUCGCCGUGUCGCUCAUCUGCAACAAGAUCCGCACCAAGCGAUGUCCUCAUCAUUACAAAAGACAACCCCGGACUGACGGAGGAAUGCUACAUCCCGGGCGCAGUCAUCUUAUUUAAUAGGGGCUUCCACAGAACAAUCGGUUUGAUUUUGACUCAGACGUCCUGGUGUAUUUUGAAGCAGCUGCAGCGCCACACGUAUGGCUUCGUCUAUGCUUUAGACUACCACAUGCAUUUACACGUUUGCCUCAUCUGAGAAAGUCGUAUUUUGCAAGUUUGCAGAUAUGCUUGUUCGCAAUUUCCUUUUAUAGGCCUAUAUAUUUUUGUCUGUGCACAAUAAAACGUUUUUAUCAUGGCGUUAUGCCUUCCGCAUCAGUAUUCAAAUUUUCAAUGCAUUCUGAGGAUACAACACAUUUAGUUCAUUUUCAUCAGAUUCGAUUUGUGUAGGAAAUGUACAUAAUGUUAGCAGAUACAAUAGUCCUCCUCGACGUUAGUGAUGUUUACUGGAGUAAGUAGCCCACAUUGAAAACUUUGAUAGGCUACUUCAUUAACGUACUAGCCAACAACACAUAAUCAGAAUUAUCUAUGUAGCUACGUUCCAUGACAUAUUCAUCUCAGCAGUACUCGUCACUGUAUACUAUAUGCUAUAUAAAUAAACUUUUUAUUUUAAAACA